AUGUGCCUCCAUUCCCACCACUUCACUCGAAGAACAAGUCUAAAUCUUGGUGCAACUUCAUUCAUUCUUUUAAGUGAAAAAACUGCCAAUGCCUUUGAUUUCAGAAUCACAGUUCCUGACCAGACACUUGAAGAAGCAGAAAAUGGGAUUCAAAGCCAUGCAAAGAGUUUAUUACAAGUCAAAGAAUUGUUAGAGGCAGAAACAUGGAAAGAAGCUCAAAAGGCUUUGAGAAAAAGCUCAGCUUUACUUAAACAAGAUAUCUACACCAUCAUCCAAGCUAAACCAGGAAAACUGAGGCCUGAGUUGAGGAAGCUUUACUCCAUUUUGUUCAAUACUGUUUCAAGAUUGGAUUUUGCAGCUAGGGAUAAGGAUGUGCCACGUGUAUGGGAGUAUUAUGAUAACAUUGUCCUAGCCCUUAACAAUAUUUUGUCAAGACUAUAG